GGAAGUGCACCUUCGCUGGUGACUCCUCUGUCCCCUCUGGAGCCUGCAGCUCUUCUCGAGGGGGACACCAGAUCACAGGUUCAAGUUGGGGUGGGGGGAUGGCUUCCAUGAGUCUGAGCGCACACAGCCACAUCCUCAGGAGCCUCCGGGAGCCAGUGCCGAAGGGUACCUGGGAGGCCCUCGGCUGGUGUUGGAGGAAGAUGUCGCCAUGAGAGAGGUUCGCACAUUUGCCGGUGGACUUGCUUUUGCUGCUUUAUACUCAGCAGGGCUCCGAAAGCUUUUGCAGCUGUCCUCUUCUGCACGCUGACCAGGAUUUGCCUGGGACACUGGCAGGUGAGGAUGAAGGACCUCCUUAGGCGCUGCAGGGAGAGGCAGGUGGCUGCGCUCGCUUUCCUUCCAUCUCUCCUGGACGAGGCGGGAGGUCUGCCCGGGGCCCUGCAGACAGAGUCCUGCAGCUUCUAGGAGCUCAUUCGUCUCUGUGAUGUGGAAAGCAAGGCCCAGGGAGGGACAGGGACUGGCUGUGGCCACAGGGAUGUGGGUGGCCUUCUGCGCCCCAAGUGGGGCAUGUCUCCUGGGCACCUUCUCUGGCUUUGAUGUCAGCCCAGCCACAGCCACCCUGCUGCAGCCCGUUCAGGGAAGCCUUUGGCUGGGGUUGACUGGGCUUGGAGCCGGACCUGGAGAGCUUUCCGCACCCCACCUGAGGACCCCAGGAUCAUGUUGGAGACUCAGAGGCAGGAGUGAGGGAGGGCCUGCCCCUGAGAGGCCCAUGGUAACCCCCAAGCCCGUGCUCUGGGCGCUCCUGCUGGCGCUGCUAGGAACCGCGCUCCCCGCCCAGCCCCGCGCCUGCAGUGUCCCCGACGUGCUGCGCCACUACCAGGCUGUCAUCUUCGAGGACCUGCAGGCCGCCGCGAGGCGGGCAGGGCCGGGGGACGCAGGGGCCGGGCCAGGCUCCAGACAUCUCCAUUUCGUUCAGAAAAACCAGACUGACGCCGUGGCCCCUGGACGGCGGGGUCGGGUGGGGCCCUCCUGUGGCGCCCAGAAGGUGAGAGGCCCCGCCCACGCCCUCCAGCCUCCUUCCUGGCAUUUCCCAUCGGGCUCUGCCCCCAGCCCCGCCAUUUCCUCCCUUUCCUCCCAGGAGCACAGUAUUCUAGUGUCCAUCGCGGCCCUGGGGCGGGCCCUGCGUGGAGCGGUGGCUGGGGACCCCCGCGGGGCCCUGGAGAGAGCUGCCUGGACCGUGGCCCUGCGCACCGAGGCGGUGAUGCGGCGCCACUGCCGGCCGCUGCGCCAGCGGAGCCGCCGGGGCUGGUGGGCUCGGCCGCGCCCUCAGCGGCAUCGCGGCAGGCGGAGGCGGCUCCUGCUGCGAGCCCUGGACGCCGUCGCCACCUGCUGGGAGAAGCUCUUCGCCCUGCGAGCCUUGGGCAGCCGGGGCCCCUAGCUCGCCCUGCCAGGGGCCUUGGGAUGAGUCUCGUUUGGUGACCACCGAGGGCUCCGUGCUGACCUGGCUGACCAUUGAGUCCCACCCAGGUCUCAUCCUGACCCCUGUUCACCCGAGGGCGCAGGACCUGGAGGUGUGAGCCCUGUUCGGUACCAGGCUGCCCUGCACACACCGAGAGAGGCCUCAAUAAACAGCUGGUGUUGCCA